AUGUCUGAAAGCACCGAUCAACAGUCACAAUUACUUCCAGACAAAGAAAAGCAGCCAAAGAAGGACAAAUGGACAUUACUUUUUCUUAACACCUGGUCCUUUGAAAUUCUUUCCAUUGUCUUCACCGCCGCUUGUUUUAUUACUUUGUGUUGCCUCCUCCUUAUAUACAAUUUGAAGCGGUCUCCGGACCUUCCUCAGGGUCUGACACUGAACAGUAUUGUGUCCGUUCUGGCCACUGCAGCUAAAUCAUCACUACUUUUCUCGAUCAGCAACGCCAUCGGCCAGCUGAAAUGGAUCUGGUUCCGGCAAGGAAAGCGUCAGCUAUAUGACAUGCAGGCUGUGGAUGAUGCGAGCCGUGGGCCUCUUGGGUCGCUGAGCAUCUUAUUUCAACGGCAGCAUCCUGGUGGUCUCCUCCUCUCUCUUGGUGCCAUGGUCACGAUUAUUUCUCUCGCGUUCGAUCCGUUCGUGCAACAGAUCGUCAGUUAUCCCGUCCGACAGGUAAUCAGCCCAUCCGAUGUUGCUACAAUGAAGCAAGCUCGAUUUCCACUGAGUGCUGAAAAUACAGGGGCUGACGUGGAUGAUGCCUUCGACCAUGCCAUGCACGCUGGUCUAUGGUCGGAUAAUUUUAUUUUGGAUCCGACGUGUCCGUCGGGAAAUUGUACCUGGCCUGUCUUUCUGUCAGCCGGAUGGUGCAGCAAAUGCGAGGAUGUGACAUCCACUGCUCGCCUGGUUGGAUGUACAGAUCCAGUUGACCUGAACGCUAGUUCAAAUGGGACUCAAUCAAGCCCAUGCAGUAUUGACCUUUCCCACGGAACUGCAUCGGACACACCACUCACAAUCCAACCAUAUAACUUCAACUUUGGAUCCACUGGCCCUCGGCCAUACACAAUUGAAGUUCCAUCCGAGGCCAUAUGGGCCGUCAAUUACGAGGACCAGAUUGGUCUUGUAAGCCGUACAAACUCCACAUAUCUGGGUGUACAAGACCCUCUGGUGGUUCUGGCUCAUGCUGAAUUGGACCUUCCCUUCGAUAAAACCACCACAUUCGUUCCUGUCCAUGCCGAGCAGAAUCUCACAAUCCGUCGCGUGACAGAAUGCGUCAUCUCCAUGUGUGCCCGGAAUAACAAUGUCUCGGUAUCACGGGGAGUCUUUUCCAACAAUAUGUCGUCCGUUGACUUCGGGCACAUGUUCUACCGGAAUUUCAACGCGACUGCAGCGGAAUCACCAGAUAAUAGAUUCGCUGCAUAUGGACAAAAGCCCUGUUGGAAGCCUAUACAUGGCCUCGCCAAUAAUAAUGAUAGCGAUGCGAUCAGCAACCCCGAUGACUUCCAACUGUGUUUAGACAGCUAUAAUGCCCAGUUUACGAGCUUUAAGGAGCUUUUUACCCUAAGUGCGACAUACACCCUGCUGGCGGGGGAUGGGGACCAUUGGAGCAUGAUAGAGCAGCCUUUGGGCCCCAAUUUGAAAAGAGUCAAGUCUGCAGGGCUGGAGGCCAUUAUGAGCAAUAUUGCAAAUUCGUUAACCAAGUAUGCCUAUAGUAUCAGCAACGACACGGUUGCCGGGGAAGUGAGAAUGUUGGAGGUGUAUGUCGCGGUGGAUUGGCGAUUUCUGGCACUCCCCUUGCGGUCAUCGUGCUGGGGAUUGCAUUCCUGGUCUGCACCAUUCGUCUAA